CCACAUACAGGUUUGACUCAGUACAAUAGAAGCUGGAUGCUGAAGGAAUGCAGACAGUAACUUACGGAAGCUUUCAGUGUGUCAUUGAUCUCAGCUGUCUGGCUUUUCUGGAUAAUUCACUAACGCCCAUCUGCUUUGCCCUGCUUCUGAAAAUGCACGGAUUUCACUUUCAUAGGGCUAAACAUGAAAAGGAACGGCGUAUAUAAGUUUUUGUCAGUAUUUUCCUGUCUAUUUGUCUGUUUCUUUCUGUUAUUUUGGGUGGUUGCCUUUUAUUCAAUGAUUCAGGCACCAUAAAAAUCUCGUGCGUUUAUUGUAAGUUAUUUGCCUAUAUUUACACGUCGUCAGAAAACACAUUUUGCUAACACCUCUUAAAUUAAACACACGAUAGACGAUCUUUUUUUUACAGUUGCGAAACAACUAGCAGAUUUUAUAUUUGUUUUAAUAGCUAAACGAUCACGUUUUACAUUGUGACUAUAUUUGUUUACUUAUUAAAUUAAUUAAAAUAAAUCGUUUGAAUAGCGCUAGCUCUGUGGUGACACCAAAACAAAGCGACUGCGCACGUGCAGGUGAUGACAGCGGUCACAUGACAUCAACCAGGAAGUCCAGUUCUGUUUAAGUGAGGAAUCUAAACACACAGUCCUGAUGGCAGAGAUGAUGGAGAAGGGUGCGGCUGCCCCAAAGCUGCAGUUUGCCCCUUUCUGCAGUGCUCUGGAGGCAGGAUUCUGGCAUCAGCUCACCCAGAAGAAACUCAUUGACUACCGCUUAGAUGAAAGUCCAAGAAACAUCAAAGGCUAUUACUAUAACGGUGAUCCUAUUGGCUUGCCGACACGUUUGACCCUGGAGUUCAGUGCAUUUGAUGUUGAUGGACCCACAUCUGCUCACUGUUGUCCAGCCUAUGGGACUCUGUACAAUACCAACACCUUAGAAGCCUUUAAAUCUACAGACAAGAAAGCUCUACUUGAUAAUGCAGCCAAUGAGAUUUGGAGUGCAAUUCAAUCAGGGGCUGCAGUGGAAGACUCCUCUGUCCUAAACAAAUUCAUCCUCUUGACAUUUGCGGAUCUGAAGAAAUAUCAUUUCUAUUACUGGUUCUGCUUUCCUGCCCUCUGCUUUGUUGAAGGAGUCCAGCUGGUGCAGGAGCCGGUGUCAUUAGAGCAGAGAUUCAAUGCUGAACAGAUUUCCAGCUUGCAGAUGGCGUAUGAUAAUCUUUGCUCAUCGACUGGGUCCACAGCAGUGCCACAUUUUCUGCUCAAGUACACGGAUGACACUGUUGAAGUUGCUCCUCUAAAGGACUUGAACCGCUUCUUCACGGAUCUUAAGAAGAUUACUGUGGGUGUUUAUGACCCCUGCACGCUGCCUCAACAUCCAGGCUGGCCUCUCAGAAACCUUCUCAUCCUUCUGGCAAAAAAUUGGGGUUCACAGUUGGAUGUAGUGGAGAUUGUGUGCUUCAGAGACCGAACUCUACAAGGGAGACGGUCCGUUCAGCACAGCAUCAUUUUUCGGGUCAGGAUCCCGGACCUGUCGACCUGCUCAGUUUGUCCGAAGAGUGUGGGGUGGGAGAAGAACUCAAAGGGUGCCAUGGGACCUAGAAGUGUCAAUCUCAGUGAAUGUAUGGAUCCUAAAAGGCUUGCUGAGUCUUCGGUCGAUCUCAACCUGAAAUUAAUGCGUUGGAGGUUGGUACCGUCUCUAGAUUUGGAUAAGAUCGUGUCAACCAGGUGUUUGUUACUGGGAGCCGGAACGUUGGGCUGCAAUGUGGCACGAACACUUAUGGGCUGGGGUGUGCGACAUAUCACCUUUGUGGACAAUGCAAAGAUAUCCUACUCGAACCCAGUGCGCCAGCCGCUCUAUGAGUUUGAAGACUGUCUCGGUGGAGGAAAAUCUAAAGCUCUUGCUGCAGUGGACAGACUGAAGAAGAUCUUUCCUGGUGUGAAUGCAGAAGGCUAUAACAUGAGCAUACCAAUGCCUGGCCACCCGGUAAACUUUUCCGAGACGACAAUGUCUCAAGCUCGGCAGGAUGUGGAACAGCUGGAGAAGCUUAUCUCUGAGCAUGACGUGCUCUUCCUGUUGAUGGACACUCGUGAGAGCCGCUGGCUUCCUACAGUCAUCGCUGCAAGCCAAAGAAAGCUGAUAGUUAAUGCUGCUUUGGGAUUUGACACAUUUGUGGUGAUGAGGCAUGGCCUGAAGAAACCCAAAGAGUCUCAAUCUGAAGACUCCAGCCCCAUGUCUGCUUCCUCCAACUCAUCCUCUACCUCUACACCAGCAGCCAUCACGGCACCAGGAGCGUCUUUGUUCUCCAACAUCCCGGGACAUCGUCUAGGCUGCUACUUUUGUAAUGAUGUUGUUGCUCCUGGAGAUUCUACCAGAGACAGAACUCUUGACCAGCAGUGCACAGUCAGUCGUCCUGGUCUUGCCAUGAUCGCUGGAGCGCUGGCUGUUGAACUGAUGGUAUCUAUAUUCCAACAUCCAGAGGGAGGUUAUGCCGUGGCCAGUAGCAGUGAUGACCGAAUGAAUGAACCUCCAACCUCACUGGGUCUUGUGCCCCAUCAGAUUCGAGGAUUCCUGUCAAGAUUUGACAAUGUUCUUCCUGCAAGUUUGGCGUUUGACAAAUGCACUGCAUGCUCAUCGAUAGUUCUUGAGAAUUAUGAGAGGGACGGGUUUGAGUUCCUAGCAAAGGUCUUCAACUCAUCCCAUUCAUUCCUGGAGGAUCUGACUGGACUGACUUUACUCCAUCAGGAGACACAGGCAGCUGAGAUUUGGGACAUGAGCGAUGAUGAAAGUAUCUGAAGGCUUCAGGAGCAGAAAAGCCCUUUCUUUUGCACUUAACUCAGAUUUCCUGCAAAUGUAACAGUGGCAUACAAUGUGUUGUAAUCUUAAUGUACCAAUUGAAACAUUUGUCUUAAAUGAUCAAGUUUAUUCAUGUUAUUGCUAUCAGAACCUGUCUAUGGGCCUCAGGGUGGACGGCACCAUUUGUUAAAUGGAAAGUAGCUGUACGGGAUAAACACAGUCAGUGCUUAAUGUUGAAGGUCACUGAACUAGAAAACACUUCAUUCCUCGCAGCUUUGUUAAAAUGACCAUUAAUGCAACCUGAAAACAGUUUAUUGUUUCAUGAAAUCUUUGAGUCAGUUUAGGUGUGUUUGUAACUAAACUGAACUCAGGAGACAGCUGCACUAAUGUGCGUCUCUGCUUUAUGGUUUGUGUGUUUUUUUUAACCAGCUGCAGGUGUAUGGCUGUGUGCAGUGUUGUUUCUGUUGGUCUGCACUGUAUGUGUAUUCAUUUUAAUCUUUUGAUUUUUCAGACUGUCUGGUAUUAUUUGUAAAAUAUAUUAUUGGGCACUGUCACAAUAAAUUCAUGAUCAAA